UAGGCAUAUGAUGUGAUACUGGAAAAACAAAUUCAUCGAAUUUUCGACUAAAAAAUAAAAGUAGGUAAGGAUAACCAGUAAAAAAUUCCUAUACUUUUAACCAUUUAACAAGAAGUAGAUAGUGCCAUGAAAGAACAAAAAAUGAAAUAUAUUACAAAUGCAGAUGCAUAUUCAUAUUGUCAACAGUUUUAGUGAAAUUCACAUGUGUUGUGAAUAUAAUUAUAGUUUUCAUUAAAAUAUGUGACAGAAGGUGAAUUUUGAUGCAAUAAAACAGAGAAGACUCCAUCAGUUACAGUAAAAUUUCAACAAGAGAGACAAAUUCUGACAACAACAAAUGAUCAAAGACGUCAUAUACUCCAGGUGCCAUUUCUCCCUGGCAAAUACCCAAAUCAACAGGCACAGUUGAGCGUCACAUUCAUUCCUCUCGUUUUCCACACAAAGCACAACAAAAUCCUUGAAUCAGAUGCCCUUUUCCACGAACAAAACGGGAAAAAAAAAAUUGUCGCAUCGAGACAACUGAAACUAAGAACUUGUCGGAAGCAACGCAUCGCGGAUUCAAGUUAUUAGUUGUCGGCCGUCGGCAGAGCUUUUGGAUGCGUGGGCGUGACCUACAACUUCCCCUACAACCGUCCAUGACAUCCUUGAAGCUCGCGCCAAUACCGAACCGGCCUCGAACCCCCCGUUGACUUGGAAACUGGAAUAACGCCACGCCAUUGGCCGGAAUCACAAUAUGGAUUUAACUUCGGCGGAGACUAUACUGUUUGACUACCUAAAGCUCUGGGUACUUCACAACGGCUUGUAGUAUCUAAGUAAACAGGCAACGAAGAGUAUUUGUUUUUCCAAUCAGUGCUGGUUUGGAAUACCUAAAGUGUUAACUUGUUUGUGGAUCCGCUCGUGAUGUAAACAAUGAAACAAAACCUUCGAUGACGAAUUAAGACCGUAUUGAUUGAUGACGUUUUAAAUUGUCGGGAUUGUGUGUGUGUGUGUGUUUUCGCGUCUGAAAAGUGCAAUAAAAAGUGGCGAAAUGUUACCGCAGAAACUGUACCCGGAAACGUCGACCAUGACCACGUCUUCGAACAUGUCGCAGAUGACGGCCUCGUAUUCCCUCAACCCUUGUAUGUCGCAGAUUGGAUGCCAAGUGGCCAAUUUCGGUUCUUCGAUGUUAAACGGCGGCAUGACGAACAGUAUGGGCAUGAACGGAAACGGUAUGCCAUCGUCGGGUAUGGGUUACACAAAUAUCGGCUCCCCGACGCAGUGUAUGUCCUCCGGUAUGACCUCCAUGACCAGCUAUGGGUCCGUGGGUUCCCUUGGAAGAACUGAUCUAGGUGGCGGCGACACGUCGCCGAACUCCGCGUUGCAGAGGGCGAGAACGGAUAAACCUUACAGGAGAAGUUACACGCAUGCUAAACCACCUUAUUCUUACAUAUCUCUGAUAACUAUGGCCAUACAGAAUUCCCCUCAGAAAAUGUUGACCCUGGCCGAAAUCUAUCAGUUUAUCAUGGAUCUAUUUCCGUUUUACCGCCAAAACCAACAGAGGUGGCAGAAUUCCAUCAGACAUUCCCUGUCGUUCAACGAUUGCUUCGUGAAGGUGCCAAGAACGCCUGACAAACCUGGAAAGGGUUCGUUUUGGAGCUUGCACCCCGAUUCCGGAAACAUGUUCGAGAACGGUUGUUACUUGAGGCGACAAAAACGUUUCAAGGACGAAAAGAAGGAGAUGAUCCGGCAGUCGCAUAAGAGCCCGUCGCAUAGCAUAGACAACAGUAACAGUUCGGGUAAAAAGACUCCGCUACACCAAGAAGAAAUCCACCAUAAAACCCACCACUUGGACAAAACAAACGACAACAAUCUAAAUUCGGUGCUGGGCAUCCAUCACAGCAAACUAGACGUGGACAACAUGAAUCUUCUGCAUCCUACGGACCUGAACAACAUGCAUCCCCAGCACCACCAUCAGCAGAACAUGUCGCACGAAGAACUGUCAGCCGUUAUGAACAGAUGUCACCCCUUGAGCCUCUCCAACGACCACCAAGCUAUGCUACACCAUUCCUCCAUGGGGCAUCAUCUGAAACAGGAACCGUCGGGUUAUACACCUUCCAAUCAUCCGUUUUCGAUCACCAGGUUGUUGCCAAACGAAAGUAAGUCCGAUAUCAAGAUGUACGCGGAUAUGCAGUACGGCUAUAACACCCUGACUUCUCUUCCAAACUCUGUCCAUUCUCAUCCUUCCAUAGCCAACGAUUACUACAACGGUUCCAUCUACCACCCACCGUCUGGAGGUACUGGCUUGUGACAAUACCCGUUGGCCUAAGAUGAUCAAACCUAGCGAUUUGAAAUCUUCGGCAAUUAAGUUUAUAGGGACGGGGAACUUUUCGAGGAACUACGAGUGAAGUGAGUCUCCAAAAUUCAAAUUUUCGGACGAGGUAGAGAUUCAGGAAGGAAAUAUCCCUUUCGUUUAUUUGUGACUAAGAUGUUUUGCUAUUUCAGUUCCUUAUCUUUUAUUAUGAAUUUUUUUUCUGAAACUCUUCCAAAUCGGUUAUUAUGUGCAAUAGAAGAUAAUAUUUUAUUUUAUUUAACAGGCAUAUGUUCCAUACUUCCUAAGUAAAUUCCAUUAUGUUCAUCAGAAUAUUCCACUGUGUUGUGAAAAAUUUUAUCAAUAAUCUGACGCUGGUACAGUUUUAAGAAUCUCGAAAUUGGUAUUCGAAAUAUCCUGUCCAACUAUUUACGAAAAUAACUCUGAAUGAAUGUAAAUAUCAGGACAACAAAAAAGGAAACAUUUCUACCAUUCGAUACUUUGUUGUUCAAUUCCUUCCUUAUAUUGUACAUGUUCUCCAUUACUUCACAUACUGAUACGAUUAUUUUUACUCCGUUAUUUCGUGGUAGAAUCCGAAUUAUUUAUUCGAAUAUUUGUUGAAAUCUCUUGUAAUAUAAUUUAUCGUUCAUAACGAACUGUAUGAUGAACAUUCAUACAGAACUGUACAAAGAUAUUUGUAUUAAAUGUAUUAUAAAAUUUUCGAUUAAUCAAUAAUUGAUUGUGAUUUUUCAAAUACUUCUAUUUGAAAUUUGUAUAUUGUAGCUGUAAUUUAAAGUAUAUCGAGGAAUUUUUAUCGUAUAUUAUGCAACUGUAAACCAAAUCUGUAAAUAUGAGAUGACUUGUGAAUAUUGAGUUGUGUAUAUACAUUGACUUUUUGUCAUAAUAAAUGUUCAGAUUCACCCUUUUGA